UUCUCAUCUUACUUUCAUUGCCAUCGCCAGUGCGCCGGGAUGCCAGUCACAUAGUGCCAAUGCAGUGAUACAGUGUCGUGUUCUUAAGAUGCAGUGGUUAGCGACGUGUGCGCUGCUGACCGUGCUCGUUAACGGUGGAGGUGGAGUUACUAAGACUUCUGGUAUUGAGCAAUUUUGGACAGAUGACUACAAGAUAUUCGAGCAAGUUUACGGCAAAACUUCAGACAAAGACAUCUAUGGGGAGUCUCUGCCACCGAGCAUAGUCAUUGGCACAGACCACAAGAAAGAAUCCUCGCAUAAGAACGAGCGAUAUCUCCUGAACUUGGACCAUGAUUCUGAUGAACAAGACCCGUACGACUUUGGAGACCGAUACAAUAACCUGUUAAGCAAACAAACGUUAAAACUGCUGAGUAAGAAGAAACCGGCGACAUCGUCAAUAAACUUCGUGAGCUACUCAAACUUCAAGCCAAUAAGUGAAAGUAAUGAUCCAGAGACGUACAACUACUUGAAGCACUUGGAAGAACUUAAUAAUGAGGAUAAGUUUAGCUAUCCACCAACGAUGGGAGGAUUUAAGCCUUACAUGAGUUAUUUAGGGCCGAAACCUGAGGAAACCGAAGCUUAUAAGAGUAUUCAGGAGAUUUUGGAAGCCCACGAAGCGAAUAAAGGCAGUAGUCACAAGGAUGAGGAUGAAGGUCGUGAUGAGGUGAAGUAUCUUACUUAUCCGAAGAGUAAGAAGAAGAAACCGCCGCGGGUGCACAAUGAGAUGUCCAAGCCUAGAUGCGCCACGGGUCGGUGUCGCAAGCGAGGCGCUGGGCCGUACCGUCCUAGAAGUAGGCCGCACGUUAGAGGAGUAAAGAAAACAGUAUUUCUUGUUUAAGUAAGUCUUUGUUGUUAUUUAGUUUUAGUGUCUACACAUGUGAUUUCGUGGUUUUGGUAUCGAAUGAUAUAAUUAUUUAAUUAAUGUGGUUUACGUUAGUAAUUUAGUUUCAAGUUGUCGUUAUUAUUUAUUUAAAUCAUCGCUUGUUCCAUUUUCUUUAACCCACCAUUUAAUUAUAUUAAACGUAUAAAUUGCAACGUUAUAAUAUCAGCUUGAGUGCUUACCAAGGACCUGUUGCUUGUCUGUUACAAAUGUGAGUUAACUUUCCUAUUUAAAGUAACAAAUUACUCGAUUAACUUUAACAACUUUCAAAUUAAUAUUUUGCAAUCAAAUACUGCAGUUUUAUCUUCCGUUAUUGUUUAAUAUUAUUAAUGUGUUAUGUUAUGUUAUCUAAUAUUAUGAAUACGAAAAUAAGUGUUGAGUUUGUUAAAAUGUUGUUCAGUAUACGUUACAUAAGUUAAGCAGUUAGUUAUAAUAUGUUAAUCUAGGUAAUUUAUGUUAUUUAAUAUUUUGACAUAAACAUGCACCAUUACUGGAAUAAAAAAUCGAGUUAGCUUUUAACUUAUUUUUAAUAUUUAGGCACUUAAUUAAUUUUACAUUAAAUUAAGUAAUCCUUAUCGUCCUAAUUUCGAAUUAAAAUUAGUAGAAAAGA